GGUCGGAUAGCAGUUACUAAUCCAUCACUGAUCCCCACACCCAACCUCCCUCAUUCAAUUACGAGAAAGCGCUAUUGGUCGUUUUGUCAAAUUUCGCAACGCUGAUCCAAUUCAACGCAUAUAAGUGCGAGUGCGCGAGUCACUGAACUCAUAGCACCAUUCAUCAGAUCUCGUUCUUGCAGAGCCAAAUGGCGAUGUUGUUGAAGAAUGUGAGGGCGUCGUCGUCGCUGCUGAAGCAGCACGUGACCCGUGCGCACCUGCUUUCGCGGCCGUUCACCACGACCGAGGGCCACCGUCCCUCUAUCGUCCACAAACGCAGCCUCGACAUCCUCCACGAUCCUUGGUUCAAUAAAGGAACAGCUUUUUCCAUGACAGAACGAGACCGUCUUGAUCUACGUGGACUGCUUCCCCCAAAUGUCAUGUCUCCUGACCUACAGAUUGAACGCUUCAUGGUUGAUCUGAAGAGGCUUGAAGUUCAAGCAAGAGAUGGACCUUCUGAUCCUAAUGCAUUGGCUAAGUGGCGGAUACUUAAUCGCUUGCAUGACAGGAAUGAGACUAUGUACUAUAAGGUUUUGAUUGCCAAAAUAGAGGAAUAUGCACCUGUAGUGUACACUCCAACAGUGGGCCUUGUAUGUCAGAACUAUAGUGGACUAUUUAGAAGACCGAGAGGAAUGUAUUUCAGUGCCGAGGAUCGUGGUGAAAUGAUGUCUAUGGUGUAUAACUGGCCAGCUGAGCAGGUUGAUAUGAUUGUAGUAACUGAUGGGAGCAGAAUCCUGGGACUUGGAGAUCUUGGAGUUCAAGGAAUUGGAAUUGCCAUUGGGAAGCUUGAUCUAUAUGUUGCUGCUGCUGGGAUAAAUCCUCAAAGGGUACUUCCUGUGAUGAUUGAUGUUGGUACUAACAAUGAGAAGUUACUUGAAGAUCCCUUAUAUCUGGGAUUGCAGCAACAUCGUCUUGAUGGUGAUGACUAUCUGGCUGUUGUUGAUGAAUUUAUGGAGGCUGUCUUUACUCGCUGGCCAAAUGUAAUUGUGCAGUUUGAAGAUUUCCAAAGCAAAUGGGCAUUUAAGUUAUUACAGAGGUACAGAAAUACCUACAGAAUGUUCAAUGAUGAUGUACAGGGAACAGCCGGUGUUGCAAUUGCUGGACUUUUAGGUGCUGUAAGGGCACAAGGAAGACCAAUGAUUGACUUUCCAAAGCAGAAGAUUGUUGUUGCUGGUGCUGGAAGUGCUGGAAUUGGGGUUCUUAAUGCAGCCAGAAAAACAAUGGCAAGAAUGUUGGGAAAUAAUGAAAUAGCUUUUAAGAGUGCAAAAAGUCAGUUUUGGGUUGUUGAUGCAAAGGGAUUAAUCUCUGAAGGACGUGAAAAUAUUGAUCCAGAUGCCCUUCCUUUUGCAAGAAAUUUGAAAGAAAUGGAGCGCCAAGGACUGAGAGAAGGAGCAAGCCUUGAGGAAGUGGUCAAGCAAGUGAAGCCCGAUGUCCUCCUAGGAUUAUCAGCUGUUGGAGGAUUGUUUUCAAAGGAGGUAUUAGAAGCUCUCAAGGAUUCAACAUCAACGAGACCAGCUAUAUUUGCUAUGUCGAAUCCUACAAAGAAUGCUGAAUGCACCGCUGAAGAAGCAUUCUCUGUUUUGGGUGACAACAUUAUUUUUGCAAGUGGAAGUCCAUUCAGUAAUGUGGAUCUUGGAAAUGGUCAUAUUGGCCACUGCAACCAGGGAAACAACAUGUACCUCUUUCCGGGCAUUGGUCUCGGAACUCUUCUGUCAGGUGCUAGUAUAAUCUCUGAUGGCAUGCUACAAGCUGCGGCUGAGCGUCUGGCUACAUAUAUGAGUGAAGAGGAGGUGCUCAAAGGGAUUAUUUUCCCUUCAACAUCCAGAAUUCGAGAUAUUACAGAGAAGGUAGCCGCAGCUGUUAUAAAAGAGGCGUUGGAGGAGGACCUAGCUGAAGGAUAUCAUGGAAUGGAUGCUAGGGAGCUAAAGAAACUUAGCGAGGAUGAACUCGCAGAAUAUGUGAAGAAUAACAUGUGGAAUCCAGAGUACCCGACAUUAGUUUACAGGAAAGAAUGAGUAACCUGCAGUUUUAUGGUCACUACAAUUUCCCUCACGAUGCAUCUACGCUUUAAUCAGGUUAGCCGAGUCCUGCUUAGGGUGGAAUCAACCAUGCAGGAUUAGUUGAUUUAAAUUCUAAAACAUUAUCACGUUACUUUUUCUGAAAGUCUAGCAAACUUAUAUUUAUAUAUAUAUAUAUAUAUAUAU